AUGAGUCGCUUUAACCCAAAAGAGCUUGUUCAGAAAUCUCAGGAAGCCAAAGAACAGGCGUAUUGUCCCUACAGCAAGUUCAGAGUUGGAGCAGCUGUCUUAACAAGCGAUGGAACUGUUUUCACAGGUUGUAAUGUAGAGAACGCCAGCUAUCCCCUUGGACUCUGUGCUGAAAGGACUGCAAUCUCUAAAGCUGUCUCUGAAGGAUAUAUCAGCUUCAAAGUCAUCGCAAUUGCCAGUGACCUUGAGGAUUGCUUUAUUUCACCAUGUGGAGCCUGUAGGCAGUUCAUGAGAGAGUUUGGCUCACAGUGGGACGUUUAUAUGUCAAAAUCUGAUGGAUCUUACAAACUGAUGACAGUGGAGGAGCUCCUGCCGUGUUCAUUUGGCCCCGAUGACCUGAGAAAAGGAAAAAACCCUGUUGGCAAUUCGAAAUUGUAAUAAAAAUAAAGCUAUAAGUCGUGUUACAAACCAGAUGUGCAGUAUAGAUUU